AUGCCUGUUGACCCAGAGAAGUUAGCCAAAUUGCAAAAGUCCACAGCCAAGAAAGUUGGGGGAUCUAGAGUUAAGGCCAAGAAGGUCAUUAAAACCGAACAAGAUGAUACCAAAUUGAUUGAAGCCUUGGGUAAAUUGAAAGCUACAAAAAUCGAAGGAGUAGAAGAAGCUAAUUUCUUCAAGGAUGACGGUAAAGUUUUACACUUCAAUAGAGUUGGAGUUCAAGGUGCUCCUGCUUCAAACACUUUUGCAUUCACUGGUUACCCACAGGAAAAGAACAUCACACAAUUGAUUCCUCAAAUUUUACCGCAAUUAGGUGCUGAGAACUUGGAAAUUUUGAGACAAUUGGCAGAGCAAAUCCAAGCAGGCAAAACUCCAAAAGACUUAGGUACUGCUGCCAGUGCUGGUGCUAGUGAAGCUGCUGGUUUAAACGAAGAGGGUAAUGAUGACAUUCCAGAUUUGGUUGACCAAAAAUUUGACGAUGUAGAAUAG